AAGGUGGGGUUCUUUAACCAGCAGGCGGCCGAGCAGCUGCGGCUGGAGGAGACGGCGGCCGAGUUCCUGCAGCGCAGCUUCAACCUGGCGCACCAGGACGCGCGUGACCACAGUGACCACCAGAGUAACCAAAGUGACCAUCAGAGUGACCAUCAGAGUGACCAGAGUGACCACUGGAGUCACCACAGUGACCAUCAGAGUGACCACAGUGACCACCGGGGUGACCACAGUGACCAUCAGAGUGACCAGAGUGACCAUCAGAGUGACCACAGCGACGACUGGAGUGACCACAGUCACCAUCAGAGCAACCACAGUGGUCACAAUGUCCACCAGAGUGACCACGGUGAUCACUUGAGUGACCAGAGUGACCACUGGAGUGACCAGAGUGACCACUGGAGUGACCACAGUGACCAUCAGAGUGACCACAGUGACCACCAAAGUGAUCACAGUGACCACUGGAGUGACCAGAGUGACCACACUGAUCACUUGAGUGACCACCAGAGUGACCCCAGUGGCCACAGUGACCGCCUGAGUGACCAGAGUGACCAUCAGAGCAACCACAGUGGUCACAAUGUCCACCAGAGUGACCACACUGAUCACUUGAGUGACCACAGUGACCACCCCAGUGACCACCAGAGUGACCACGGUGACCACCAGAGUAACCAGAAUGACCACAGUGGUCACAGUGACAACCACAGUGACCACCAGAGUGACCACUGUGAUCACUCAAGUGACCAGAGUGACCAUCAGAGUGACCACAGUGACCACAGUGACCACUCCAGUGACCACCAGAGUGACCAGAGUGACCACAGUGACCACCCCAGUGACCACCAGAGUGACCACAGCAGUGACCGGGGCGGGGGCGGGGCCCAGGGGAGGCCCCUGGGAAAUAAAAGGUGGUGGAGCAAAAUGGCGGCUGUGGGCGUGGUCAAUGUGAUGACGUCAUUGGGGUUUAUUGGGGGCGUGGUCAGGGUGAUGACAUCACUAGGAGGAAUCACUUGUGGGCGUGGUCAGUGUGAUGACAUCACAGGGAUUUUGGGGCGUGGUUGAUGUGACGUCACUGGGAUUUGGGGGCGUGGUCAGUGUGAUGACAUCACUGUGAUUUGGGGGCGUGGUCGGUGUGAUGACAUCACAGGGAUU